AACCCUCGGGACAUCAGUUGUUAGAUAACCAUUCUAGUUACAAUGAUGGGGUGCAGGACCGUAGCCAUCACUCUCUUACAGAUAAUGCUCAACACCACCAGUACCUAGGUUCUGUUCGUGCUACAUAUGAAUCAGGUUCUGAUCAGGUGCAUUCAGUUAACAGUGACAACCAUCAAGUAUUGACUAACCGGCCUAAUUAUGAAACACUUAUAGACAGAAGACACUCUCUGCCAUCAGAUAACCAUAAUCAGAAAAUGAUGGACCUUAAUGAAGAGUCAAAUAAAGCUCUUUUACUGAAUGCUAAGCAAUAUUCACUCACAUCUAGCCUUAUUGAUCCUCAGAUGAUUAAAUAUGAAUAUCAAGAUUUGUCAGGAAAGGGGUCAAACCAGAAUGACAAUUUAAUAUAUGAAGAUACUUUUGUUGGAUCCUAUGAUAAGAUGUUGUCAUGCUCUUUAGAAAGUCAGGUACUGAAUCAAAAUGGCAUAGUGGAUUCUAUCUCCAAUGAAUUGUUCUAUCCAAAAGACUCACGUAUGUCACCAGAAGAUGUGGCUUUAUCAAAUAAAAUGUUGGUGUCAUCACCUUCCAUGAUGGCGAGACAGGGACAUAAUGUUGGACUUGGAGAUGCUGAUGGAAGUAAAUUGACAGUUUAUCCCAAAGAAAAUUUAGGUAGAAUGGAUACUGCUAUAAAAAUGUGA